AUGACACCAGCAGCCACAACAGCAGAUCAAAGAGAAAAAGCCAGAAAGAUAUCCCACAGUGCCAUCGAAAGAAGACGAAGAGAACGCAUCAAUGAUAAAAUCUUUCAACUCAAACAACUGAUUCCCUCUUGUGUUGAACAAGAUAACCUCCACAAGAUGUCUAUCUUGCAAAGCGCUAUUGACUAUAUUAUUUAUCUUAAAGACGUUGUCAAGAAAUUGGAUGAAGAAAGUGGUGGUGAUCAAUUACUAAAAGGCAAUCACCUCAAAGUCAAGACAGCCAAAUCGAUGCUGCCUAAAGAAGUAGAACCGUUUACAAACCAAUUCCCUCCAAUCGAUGUGAUUAAAUCUGGCACACCUAUCAUUUCUACUGGUGUAACGCCCUUGACUCCUCCUCAGGAACCACAAAAUAAUAACAAAGUAUCCGAAACGCUUUGCUUAUCCGAUUCUCCCACUCUAUCAAACAAGUCACGCAUAAGUGAAGAAGCCAAGCAUAUGAGUUUACAAAACAUCCUUUGUUGA